AUGGCAUCCUCAUUAGACGUCCAUACGGUGACUCGGGCGUCGUCUCUCUCAGGCCAGACUUAUCAUGACAACACCGAGUCCGCGUCUGCCGUCGUGAAAGAUACAGCAAUCUCAUCUGGCGAGACGAACAAUAAUGCACCUUCGUCUAUCUGCGAUGAAAAGAACGAAAGAAAAUCAAUCGAUAAGGAAGCAUCAUCCCCAACCGACUCGGAUGAACAGCAGAAUGACGAACCAGAAUAUCCCAAAGCCGCCAAACUCGUCUUCAUCGUCAUUUCUUUGAUCCUAUCUAUGUUCCUGAUCGCUCUGGACAUGACAAUCGUCGCCACAGCCAUCCCCCAAAUCACAGACGACUUCAACUCCCUUGACCAAGUGGCCUGGUAUGGAUCCGCCUUCUUUUUGACGCUGGCCGCAUUUCAAUCUACAUCCGGAAAAGUGUACAAAUACUUCCCCAUGAAGACGUCUUUUUUGCUGUUCAUAUUCGUCUUUGAGGUUGGAUCUUUACUUUGCGCGGUUGCUCCGAAUAGUACUGCUUUUAUUAUUGGUCGUGCUAUUGCUGGUAUUGGUGGUGCUGGUAUUUCUAGCGGUGUUUAUAUUAUCAUCGCGUUUUCGGCGCCGCCUAGACAGCGACCUGCGCUUACUGGUGUGUUGGGAGCAACUUUCUCUGUUGCUAGUGUGGUUGGUCCCCUGCUUGGUGGUGUUUUUACUAGUAAUGUUUCCUGGAGGUGGUGUUUCUACAUUAAUCUUCCCAUCGGAGGUCUCAGCGCUGCUAUCAUCCUUUUCUUCUUCCAGACUCCCGCCACAGCCAAACCAGUCGACGCCCCGCUCAGGGAGAAACUUCUACAAAUGGAUCCCCUUGGAACAACUCUGAUCAUUGGCGCCACAAUCUGCUACCUCCUUGCUAUGCAAUGGGCCGGCGUGUCCAAGGCAUGGAGCGACUCCGAAGUUGUUGGUCUAUUGGUCGGAUUCGGUUUGAUGGUUAUCGCAUUCAUCUUUGUCCAAGCAUAUGCUGGAGAACGCGCCUUGAUCCCGAAACGAAUUAUCAAAGAUCGUACCAUCGCCAUCGGAUGUGCUUACGUCUUGUUUGUUAUUGGACCCAUGUUCAUCAUGAUCUACUACCUCCCGAUUUACUUCCAAUCCAUCAAGGAUGUCUCGGCUUCUCAGUCCGGUAUACGCAACGUCCCUUUCAUCCUGUCCAGCAGUUUGGGCGCCAUCAUGUCUGGUCUUCUAAUCACCGCAUUCGGUCAAUACGGCUAUCUCAUGAUUCUCGCCGUAGUCAUUGAGACCAUCGGCGCAGGUCUCAUUUACACCUUCGACAUCGGCACCGGUCACAGCAAAUGGAUCGGGUACCAAGUCAUUUGUGGCUUUGGCGCUGGACUCGGCAGUCAGAUCGCUAUUAUUGUCAACCAAGCCAUCGUCGACUCUUCUGAUGUUUCAAACGUUACUGCCGUCACGCUAUUCUUCCAGACUAUCGGCGGCGCCCUUUGGAUCUCUGGCGCCCAGGCUGGUUUCACAAACACCCUGGUGAAGAAAUUGCCCAUCUACGCCCCCGACGUGAGCCCCGGCCUUGUCGUUGCCACUGGAGCCACGGACCUGCGUAAAGUGUUUACUGAAGCCCAAUUACCGGGUAUAUUGCAUGCUUACAUGGACGGUCUCAAAGUGGCUUUUAUCCUUGCGAUUGCGCUUGGAGGCUUUUGUUGCAUUAUAUCGGUUUUCCCGAAGUGGAAGAGCCUCAAGGGCAAGGUGCAACCAGGCAUGGGCGCUGCUUAG